UUCCAAUUAAUUACAACACAUUUACCACAUACAUAUGUCUAUAUCACAUUCUUCCGACUCUGACGACAGUAUCCGAGAAAAUGUGGCGACAGUCAAAAGAUAUUUACAUUCCACCAUCGGAAAAGGACAGGUAGCGGACGUGCUUUUAUGGAGGAACACGAGACUAUCAGCAUCACUUUUAUUAGGGUUUACUGCGAUGUGGUUUCUCUUCGAGGUUUAUGAGUAUAAUCUCAUCUCUCUUCUGUGUCACAUCGCUAUUCUUGCGAUGUUGAUCUUAUACAUCACCUACACCAUAGCAAAAUUCACUCAAUGGGAUCUUCCUGAUUUCGAAGAGCUGACCAUACAAGAAUCGGCAUUUAAAUGGUUGUACAAGAAAACAAAUAGUCUGUUACUCAAAUUCUAUUAUACAUCAAGCGGGGAAGAUCUCACUCAGUUUUUCUUGACGAUGACAUCAUUAUGGAUGAUAUCAGUUAUUGGAAGUUAUUUCAGUUCUUUAAAUCUUAUUUACCUCUGCCUUAUUUGCAUUGGAACCUUGCCGGCUCUUUACGAACGAUAUGAGCACGAAGUUGAUUAUCUUGCAAGCAAAGGAAUUAGAGACAUGAAAAAUACGUUGAAGCAAUUCGAAUUUAACGUACUUAGUAAGAUCCCAAGAGAACAAGUGAACGGAAAUAAAUGGAAAUAAACUUGCAUCGUUUAUCAUCCGCAACGAGAUGUAGAAUAUAAAUUCAUGACGUUAUAGAUGCAGUUGAUGUUAAUACUAACACAUGUAAAUCAAAUCGUUUUCAUAUUGGAUGUUUUCAUAAGUUACG